AGGACGCCCGGGGAAAGCGGCGAGGGCUGCCCGGCCGCUCGGGCACGGCGGAGCCUGCGCCCCGCGGACAGAAGUUUGCUGCUGAAAGAGCAGGGUAAAAAAAAAAAAAAAAAGAAAAAGGAGGAAAAAAAAAUAUAUUAAAACCCAAGGAAGACCCCCUCUGCACUGCCCCGGAGGGAUGCGGCGAAGAGCGGCCGGCGGGAGCCCGCGGUGCCCGGCCCGGCUGCGGGCAUGACCCGGGGCCGGAGCGGGGCUGAGCCGGCGGCGGUGUGAGCGCUCGCCCCGGGAGGGCCGGGCCGGGGCGGCGGGGACGCCUCCCGCCCUGCCCAGCCUCCGCGCAUCCUCCGGCACCGCCUGCGCCGGCCGUGCCGAGCCGUGCCGGGCCGGUCGGUCCGAGCCGUGCCGAGCCGAGUCGGUGUGAUCCGAGCCGUGCCGAGCGGUAGGAUGAGGGGCAUCCUCUACUUCUGCACGCUGAUCCUCCUGGAAGGUAUGGCGGAAGCUGUCAGCUCGAGCAGGGACUGCCUUCAAGCAGGCGAGUCCUGCACCAAUGACCCCAUCUGCAGUGCCAAAUUCAGGACCCUCCGGCAAUGCAUCGCAGGCAAUGGAGCCAACAAGCUGGGACCCGAUGCCAAGAACCAGUGCCGGAGCACCGUGACGGCCCUGCUCUCCAGCCAGCUGUACGGCUGCAAGUGCAAGCGAGGCAUGAAAAAGGAGAAGCACUGCUUGAGUGUUUACUGGAGCAUCCACCAUACAUUGAUGGAAGGCAUGAACGUGCUGGAGAGUUCCCCUUAUGAGCCGUUCAUCAGGGGCUUUGACUACGUCCGGCUGGCAUCCAUCACUGCAGGGUCUGAGAACGAGGUGACCCAGGUGAACCGGUGCCUGGAUGCUGCCAAAGCCUGCAACGUGGAUGAGAUGUGCCAGCGGCUGCGGACGGAGUACGUCUCCUUCUGCAUCCGACGCCUGGCCCGAGCCGACACCUGCAACCGCUCCAAGUGCCACAAGGCUCUGCGCAAGUUCUUCGACCGCGUGCCACCUGAGUACACCCACGAGCUGCUCUUCUGCCCCUGCGAUGACACAGCCUGUGCCGAACGCCGUCGGCAGACCAUUGUUCCUGCCUGCUCCUAUGAGUCCAAGGAGAAGCCCAACUGCCUGGCACCUCUGGACUCCUGUAGAGAAAACUACGUCUGCAGGUCACGCUAUGCGGAGUUCCAGUUUAAUUGCCAGCCGUCCCUGCAGGCGGCGAGCGGCUGCCGGAGGGACAGCUAUGCUGCCUGUCUGCUGGCGUAUACAGGGAUCAUAGGCAGCCCCAUCACACCCAACUACAUUGACAACUCAACUUCCAGCAUAGCUCCCUGGUGCACGUGCAAUGCCAGCGGCAACCGGCAGGAAGAGUGUGAGAGCUUUCUGCAUCUCUUUACCGACAAUAUCUGUCUCCAAAAUGCCAUUCUGGCCUUUGGCAAUGGGACCUACCUGAAUGCGGCUGUGGCCCCAUCUAUCCCCCCCACCACACAGAUGUACAAGCAGGAGCGAAAUGCUAACAGAGCUGUGGCGACCCUCAGAGAGAACAUCUUCGAGCACCUCCAGCCCACCAAGGUGGCUGGAGAGGAGAGGCUCCUGCGGGGCUCCACUCGUCUGUCAUCAGGGACCUCCAGCCCAGCAGCUCCCUUCUGCUGGGCAGCCUCUCCACUGCAGAUGUGGCUUCUCUCCGCUCUUGCUGUGCUGAGCCUCUUCGUAAUGUGAAGCAGGGCGGGCACACGCCAGGCAGAGACUCUCUUUGUGUUGGUUUCUUUACAAAACAACCAGACAAGUAACUUUUUCAGUGGGAGGGGAGGGAGGAGGGAAGGGAUGGGAAGGAGAAGAGAGUGUGUGGGCAUCCCUUUCUUCUCCUCAUCCAUCUGCCAAUUUAUUUGAUUUUAUACAAUCAGCAUCAUCGAUAACCAGCUCAUUCUUGGUCCUGGCCACCUUUCCACCCCACAGCUUUGUCGUUGUCUCUCCAGCUCUCUGCAGAUGGGGUUGAAGCCAUGGACAAUUCCCUUGGAAAAGUUGAAGGAGAGAGUUAAGCCAAGAAAUGAGACCCGCAAAGAAAAUCCUUUUGCCUGUCCCAGCCAAGAGGGGAAAGACUUUUGAUGGCUGAGCUGUCAGGAAGUUUCCUGAAGCCCUGACGCACUAUGGGGGGCUCUUGACAGGACAUGUCAAGAUGUGGAGUUCAGACUGUCUCCAGGGUUGCUCAGGACCCAAAGGCAAACUACCUGGUUCACAGGGAUGAAACCAGACCCCCAGUGAGAAGGUGAUUGGUUUUGUUUACUGGAGAGGAUCCUGAAGCACCUCUGGGGUGGACCAAGUAACCAUGCUAUGAACUGGCUCACAGGCAUUAACCACCUGCUUGAAACCAUGGCCAGCAUGCAUUGCCAAGCUGUCACCUACCCCCUGGGUCCUCCUUUUUAUAGAAACGUGUUAUGUAUUGAUGGUGUUCAGGAAGAAACACGUGUGUUGAGUUUUGUUUACGGCUGGCUUUCUUCGUGCCCCAACCCUAGCAUCUAUAUUCACUGGUCCUGUAAAGUGUUUGGGGUAGGUAUUUUUUUGUCAUGUCCAAACAACCAGAGGCCAAUGUUGUCCCACUCCAAGCUAACCUUUCUCCAUGCAGGAUGAACAUGUGAGCCCAUGGGCAGGAUGCAAGCCCGACGCAACUCAUUCUCAUGUGCUACCUGUGCUUCCAUCAGUCUCUCAGAGAGUCAGAGGGUUUCAUUAGUUAUGCAAGAAAGAGAUAGGAUAGAAAAGGUUUGAUAGAUACCACCCUGUGGACAUAAAUAUCCAGCCAAUUUUUGGAAAGGGCAAGUCAUGAAUUGUGUCAUAGGUAGGGAAUGGAUUACUAAGGUUCCCCUCCUUGAAGAGCUGGUGGAGGCAAUUGCUUGUGUCCAGGUUAGCACAUGAAGGACAUUGCCUCCUGCCAAGUGCUAAUUACUCAGCUGAGAGGUGGUUUAAGCAAAGGCUGGUGAAGUGACCCACUCUACUGCAGGCAGAACCCAGCUGGAGGGUGAGGACAAACGUCUCUCUGGUUUCUCGGGGCACAGGGAGGCAGAGGCAUGACCUUGGGUUACCUGAGCAUUCAGGGGUCUUCCCUCAAGGAGGUGAGCUGAGGACUCCCAGUGCCUUCUUGAGGGGCUGAACCCCUCGUUAGAUCAAGCCAAGAAAGAAGAUGGUAAGGAAGGGUGAGAAAGUUUCCCAGGAUAAAUGCUUACCCAGGUUGACUGCCACAGAAGGCACAGGAAUAGCUCCAGAUUCUCCCUGAGUAUUUAGGCCUGGGCUUUGCAGCAGCCCAUUUAUUCCUUGAUUUGUGCUCCUUCGAGGAACAUCGCUAGCUCCUUAGCAUUUGGAUGCAUAGAAAGGCUUAGCAGCAGCUGAUGCAGCAAAGUCUAUUGCUUUUUAUUCACAUUCCCUAUAGAACACCUUCCGUUGCUUUUUUGCUUCAGAUUUUGCUGAGAAAGUGCAGCAGCUUUCUUGGGUUUUGGCCCAAUAUAAAACCACUCUUGUUUUCAAAUGAACACCUGUGGAUGUGUAAGACACGCACAGAAAUCCUCCUGGCUGCAUCCUAUCCAAAGUUCUGCUCUUGGAGGUCCUCGGGGCUGUAGCACCUGAUUGUCCUAAUCCAGGGCUGUGCAAAGGAACAUGCCAAGAUUUAAGUCUUGUGUGCAGGGGGCCAGGUCACGCUCUGAACUGAAACUUGUAUGUGAAAUCUUCACUGCCAAGAGGCUCAACCAGAUCAGAAAAGCAGGCAGAGAGGCAGCGCUACAGGCAGGGAAGCCCCUCACCUCUCUUCAAAGUGCCAUAGCCAUGCACUGAGUCGCUGUGAACAUCUCCGUGUUAUCCAGGACAACGGCGUCCUCUGAGAGACGGUGGAGCCAUCUGUGCACCAAGUGACACAACUACUAGCUGUAACUCUGCAAAACUUGUGUCCUCUAAUGCACGGGUAGGAAGGGAUUAAACCCUGAUGCUCAGCCCUUCAAAGGCAAGGAACUACCUCAACCUCAUGAGGUCAUGCUGUGAAUUGCCUUCUGCUGCUUUCCUUUCAAGUCCUGUAGUCAUGCCCUGCUCUUCUACACAUCUGGCCCCAGCAAGCCAGGUCUCCACCAGCUUUUAAUCUUCUUGCACGGGCUGAACCUCUGCGUAGGACGGGCGUGCAAGUGGCAGCUGCUUUCCAGGAGUACUCGCUCCUGCAGUCUUUCACGGCUCCACUCCUGUGUCUGUUGUAACUCACUGGCAUUGAAACGGCACUUUGCUGUUUCCUUCUCUAAUUGACAGCCAGCAGAGAUAGAUAUUUUCUAGGUGGCCAGGAUGACUGGCAACCCCGCUUCAGCUCUCCCUUAGGACUAGUAUGCUCUGAAAAAUAGAUGUGGAGAAACCUACUCAGAUUACCGGAGAUGGAGGAGACCUCUAGAGGUUACCUAGUCCAUUGCCGUCUCCCACAGCAGGCCACCUUUCCACUUUCUAGCAUAGUUAUCUUAAACGUUUUUUAACAACUUCAAUGACAGACUUCAUCAUCUCUGGAUUUAUAUCUUGCUUUAAAGACUCCUUAGGGUGUUAAGUACCAUCACAGGCCAAAGAGAUCCUUGAUUCCCAUUGUAGUCUCUUCUCAAGUCCUCAGUUUUGGGAGGAUGGCAAACCAACAGCUAAACCUGCCCCAAGGCUGUGGAAGGUGACAGCCAACUACCAUGGAUCAUAACACAGAGGCAUUGCACGAGAAGGCCAAAAAACAUGGCAACGGUCUGCUGGGAUCCCUGCAAAAAUUGCACAAUGAGUUAGUGUAAAUGGGUGUCUGCUAGUGUUUGCGUGCGUUUCCUCCUCGUGCCCUGCGGGGGGGCCUCAAAAGCAUCUGCGGAGUUGAGGUUGCAGGUCUGAAAAUGCACUCGCCGUCCUCAGCCUUUGUCCUGUGCUGGCAGUUUGGAUUCAGCAUCCUUCAAGCACGGUCCCAGGCCAGGUCCUGCUCCGCCAGGGGUUCCCCGCCACCUGGGGACGCUUCGAAAUGAAGUGAGUAAGGCACAGAGAAAUGAGUCUCCUGCCCAGCGGGGAAGAGCUGAGGGGUGCGUUGGACGGGCAGUCAUAUUGUGCAGAAUUUAGAAAAAUAAUGAUCAAAAAACCUGCAUGACUUUUUCCUCAUAAUUUCACCCUUUUUGUCAAUAUUUAAUGUCAACUCUCCCUCCAAGCCCGCUCACAACUUAAACUUUGCAAAAGAGGAUGGCUUUUGAGCAGUCCUUUUGGGGGCAGGAAGCCCAAUUACAUUCCCCCCCCGCCCCCGUCCAAACACACGCAUGCACAGGCAAUUUUUUUUCCCUUGUGAAAAGUCAGUAAUUUUUUUUUUUUUUUUUAUGACAUUUCAUCUCGGUUGAACUCUGCAAAGUGAACCAUGGAUCUUCAUUUUUAAGCCUCUUGACUAACCACCAAAGUCAUAGCAGCUGCUUGUAAAAGUAAAGGACUGAGCGAGCCAAGAGAGAGAAAGGGAGACAAUUUUUUAGGUAUUCCGUACCUGAGGACUUUCAUAAGCACAAAGAAGAGUCAAGGGAGGGAAAAAAAAAAAAAAAAAGGGAAAAAAGAACAGCCAAGCUUUCUGCAGCCACUGAACUCAAUUUUUUUGGCUGCUCAGCACCAUUCCCAGUGGUUUGGCAGUCCUGAAAGCCCGUGAAAUAUUGUGUAUGUACAAAUCCCACAUCGUUGUCAAAGCAAGAGCACGAGCAGGGAGGGAGACACCGCGGCGGGGAGCCGGUGCUGGAGCCAUGGUGAUGCUACAGGCUGGGUGCGUGUGUGCGCACGUGCACGUAGGGGAGGAUGGCUGAUGCCUGCCUGUGCUACUGGGGUAUAACCUGUACUUAUCUCUUCUGUACAUGUCAAUAUUCAAACAUAUCCAUGAAUAAAGCACACAUGCAUUUUCCUGA